AUGUCUUUAAGAACGUUCCUCACAAUGGCCCCUCUCUUUGGGCUGGCAGCAGCUCAAAGUAGUUUAUACGUUAAUCAAACUACAUGUAAUGGAAAGACAUAUACGUAUCAGGCACUAGGAGGCUAUGGAUAUAUUCCAGGUACUGCACGUGAUAAAUUCGGGGACACAAUUGGAGGGAUUGGGAGUGCGAUCGCGAUUGACACAAAGAGUUGGGAGAAGUUAGAGAAUGGCAGUUAUACGGGGAUUUUGUGGGCUUUGCCUGAUAGGGGAUGGAAUACAGAAGGCACCCUAAACUUUCAAACACGGGUUCAUAAAUUCGACAUAAUUUUUACACCAGCGGCUAAUGCGACAGUGAAAAGUCCUUCGGUAAAUAAUUUGUGGUUCAAAUAUAGUGAUACGGUUCUGUUUUCUGGACCGGAUGGGACACCAACAACAGGGCUGGACGCGGAUGGAUCGGGUCAUUUGAGUUAUUCGGGGUUCCCCGAUUUGCCCGUGGCGACGUAUACGGGCGAUGGAUUUGGAGGAAACGGGACGGGAGGAAGAAGGGUAUCGGUUGAUGCUGAGGGAUUGGUGUUGGAUGGAGCUGGAGGAUGGUGGGUUAGUGAUGAAUAUGGUCCUUAUAUUUAUCACUUUAACUCUACCGGCACAAUGACAUCCGCCAUACGACCACCAGAUGCCUUCAUUCCCAUGCGUAAUGGCAGCGAAUCUUUCUCCGCUGACUCUCCAUACCAUUAUCCCGACCAAGGUUCUGGCGAUGACGUCUCACCCGCCGAUAACCCUACUGGUAGAGAUAACAACCAUGGAUUCGAAGGUCUCAGUAUAUCUGCCGAUGGAAAAACUCUCUACACACUUCUCCAAGCAGCAAAUAAUCAAGAAGGCGGUCUGAAGUCUCAAACAGAACGCUAUAGUCGUUUUCUCUCAUACGAUAUCUCAAACCCGGGAAAACCAUUAUAUUUGAGUGAAUAUGUGGUCCCUCUUCCUUUAUGGACAGACCCAACGGCUAAAGCUAGUAAAAACCCAAAAGUAGCUGCGCAGUCUGAAAUUCAUGCCUUACCUAAUGGACAAUUCUUGAUUCUGGCGAGAGAUUCGGGGUCAGGGAAUGGUCAGGAUAGCACGGAGAGUAUUUAUAGACAGAUAGAUAUUUUCGAUAUUAGCAACGCGACGAAUGUUAAGGGGACGAAAUACGAUUGUGCUACUUGCGCGAUUGCGAGCUCGACGGGGGUUCUAGGGAGCGGAAUCAAAACGGCGACCUAUUGUGCGUGGUUGGAUGUCAAUGAUAAUGAUGAGUUGAAGAGGUUUGGAGUACACAAUGGGGGAAAGACGGAUAAAGGAUUGUUGAAUGAGAAGUGGGAAAGUAUUGCUGUAGUGCCUGUUGAUGGGAAAGAGGGCGCGGACGGGGAAUGGUAUAUUUUCAGUCUGAGUGAUAACGACUUUAUCACGCAAGAUGGGUAUUUGGAGGGAGGAAAGUUCACGUAUAGUGAUGGGAGUGGAUAUAAUCUUGAUAAUCAGGCACUGGUGUUCAAGGUGAAGAUUCCGGUCGGUGGGUUGACUGAAAAGUAUGGGGCUUGA